AUGAUGUUGCGAGGAGGGAGGAGGGUGAUUCGUUUGGCCUCUCGGCACCUGGGGUCCCAUGGCUUCAGCACUGAGAUAUUUGUGAGCAGGCUAUCAUUUUACACAACGGAGGAAGAAUUUAAAAAGGUCUUCUCGCCAUUUGGCACCAUUGAGGAAGUUCGGUUAGUGAGAGACAACCAAACUGGAAGGCCGAAGGGAUUUGGUUUUGUAAGAUAUUCAUCACAAGAGGAGGCACAGAAAGCUAUCAAGGCAAUGGAUGGAAGGGUUCUACGCGGCAGACUGAUUUUUGCAGAGAUGGCAAAGGAACACGGCACUGGAUAG